UUCCGGCCUGAAGGGGCGGGGAAGAAGCCGGAAGUCCCGAGAGCUCGGCGGUAGAGAUGGAGGAGAGCGAGUACGAGUCGGUUCUCUGUGUCAAGCCAGAGGUCCAUGUCUACCGCAUCCCGCCGCGGGCCACCAACCGUGGCUACAGGGCCUCAGAAUGGCAACUGGACCAGCCAUCGUGGAGUGGCCGGCUGCGGAUUACUGCGAAAGGGAAGGUGGCCUACAUCAAGCUGGAGGACAGGACCUCUGGGGAGCUCUUCGCGCAGGCCCCUGUGGACCAGUUUCCAGGCACCGCAGUGGAGAGUGUGACGGACUCCAGCAGGUACUUCGUUAUCCGAAUUGAAGACGGAAACGGGCGACGUGCUUUUAUUGGGAUUGGCUUUGGGGACCGAGGGGACGCCUUUGACUUCAACGUGGCAUUACAGGACCAUUUCAAGUGGGUAAAGCAGCAGUGCGAGUUUGCAAAACAAGCUCAGAACCCAGAUGAAGGCCCCAAGUUGGACUUGGGCUUCAAGGAGGGCCAGACCAUCAAGAUCAACAUCGCAAACAUGAGAAAGAAAGAAGGAACAGCUGCCACCCCGAGAGCCAGGCCCGCCAGCGCAGGGGGGCUGAGCCUGCUGCCCCCUCCUCCAGGGGGCAAGAGCUCUACCCUCAUCCCUCCCUCAGGAGAGCAGCUGUCCGUGGGGGGCUCUCUGGUCCAGCCAGCAGUUGUUUCUGGUUCAGGAGGUGCCACAGAACUCUGGCCACAAUCUAAGCCUGCUGCCGCUGCCACUGCUGAUAUCUGGGGAGACUUCACCAAAUCCACAGGGUCCCCCUCCAACCAGUCUCAGCCAGGCACCGGCUGGGUCCAGUUUUGACCUGCACAACUUUUUCUUCAGCCAACUCUGGGAAGGAGCUGCCACGAAAGGAGGCAAAGUGCUCCCUGGCUGGCCCCUGGCUCCUUGCCUGGCUGUCUUGAUAGCCCGAGCACAAGAAGCAGUAAAUCGGCACAUGCCACACUGUUGGUGGUGCUUGGGUGCUGCUCAACCAGAAAACAGGAGCGAACACUCCAGGGCCUGCAAGCCCAUCGCCAUCCUCUCCGGAGACACCCAGACCUGCCUUCCUCCACCAAGAGAUCCUUAUUAAACACAGCCUCCAAAGCACAGAAUGGAUUGAAUUUGUGGCCUGGGUUCAGCUCUGCCUCUCGGGUUAGCAGGUGUCCCAGAUUCACUGUUGGGCAGAGGACUUCUGCACUCCGUCCAUAGUGGCCUUUGUCAGGUACCUUCCAGAGGAGUCCUUCCGAUGGCUAGCAAGUCUUUGAGCUGCAGCUUGAAUGGGCUGUCGGGGGACACUGGAAGGGAUUAAGCAGCUUUUUGAAAAUGUUAAUACAUUACUCUGCUAAUACGCUGACCUGCACUAAUGCACCCCUGUGAGGGACCCACCAUGGUGAGGGCCCCUGACACACCCUUCCCCCUGCCUGAGCCCUGGAGGCAGCCGUGGGAGUGAGCCUGCAUACCUGGCUUUCCUGCCUUCCAAAUUCAGAUGAGACAGGUUCUGGAAGCCAGCUACACAGUGCUGUGGGAAACCGAAGCGUUACAGACGGAGCCAGGCUGCCUGGCUUCUGCUUCUGCUCCAGGCUCAGGUUCAGGGUGUAGCUGGCCCACUUGACUUUCCCUGGUGGCUUCUGAAGGAACAUAUCUGUAGGUACAUCCUCCUUUCCUUCAGAGACUGUGACAGAGGGAGCUGUCCGCUGGAAGUUCGGGCCACCAGGAGUAGUUAGUUCUCCUCAGUGAGCCUCCUAGUUUUCUUUAUAGACUUAGCCUUCCCUUCCGUUAAAAGGUUUCUUUUUUGAAGGGUCAAGACUGUGCUGACCUUGUGGGACCAGAGUUUUAAAGAUGGAAAAAAAUAAAUGUUUUUACUUCUGUACUA